AGCAGAGAGAGAGAGAGAGAGAGAGAGAGAGAGAGAGAGAGAGAGAGCAGGAACACGGUGCAGGUGUAAUGGAUGGACAAGUUGCCCACACACUGAUGUUUUUUGUGGAUUUGCCUUAAAACAUUUUUUUUUUUUUCAUCCAAGGAUUCAGCGUUUACAUUUUAAUACAAACCUCCGUUAUGGAUCGACUGGAUGAAUGGAGCUUUAAGUCCAAGAGCCUGGAUCUGGAGGAGGAUUUCUACUUCCACUACGGAGCGGAGGAAAUAACAGAUUAUCAAGACCCCAACGAACUCCUGGCUGCUCUGAAACAAAAGGAGGAAGAGGUUAUUUUGGCAGCCCAGCUGGGAAACGCAUUGCUCCUGGAAAACCGUAAAUUAAAAGAGCAGGGCGAAAAACUUCAUGAUCACUACGCUGACAAGCUGGAGGAGCUGGAGCAGGGCAGACAUGAGCUGCGGCUGAAGCUGGAGGGUUGCCAGUCCCAGUGGGAGAUCCAGGUGGGGGAACUGGAGCGGGAUGUGAGGGAGCUCAGCGCCAAGGUGGAGCGGCUCACUCAGGCCCUCGGUGAGGCCGAGAGGGACAAGAGCCGCGCCGGGCAGGAGCACAGCGAGGAGACGCAGCGGCUAAGGGAGCAGCUCCGCACGCAGGCGAUAGAGGUGGAGAGAGCCAUGUCCAGUGAGCUGCAGACUCUAAAACAGGAGUUCCAACAAAAAGGAAGCCACAACAAGCUGCAGGAUGAGGAGCUGAUCAGUGCCAUGAGGGAGCAGGUGCUGCGCCUCACCCAGAAGGAGCAGGUGCUAGAGGAGCGUUUGGAGUCUGUGUGUCGAGAAAACAAUGAGCUGAGGGCCAGUUUGGCCUCUUUACACACACGCCUGGCUUUGCACGACCAACUGAACCAGCAGCACAGCCAGCAGCUAGCCGAGGCGUGGCAGAAAGUGGAGGCAGCGAAGGGUCAUUCACAGCAGCUGCAGGCACAGGUGGAAGAGCUUCAGGAGGAAGUGUCCCUGCAGGAAGCCAGGAGCCAAGGAGAUGCGUCGUUGCUGUCUGAGCUGGAGAGCAGCCUGGAGACUGCAUCGCUUGGAGUCAGCAAAGAAGAGAUAAAGCAAGAAAUGGGGUCUAUCCUUCAGUUACUGCUCCCACUGACCCAGCCGCUGAGCAGCACAGAGAUAUCCGAGGAUCAUCAGGAGGAUCUGCAGCCGAUGCUGCUGCGGCUAAAGGAAGUGGCUCAAACUCUGGCUCAUACGCCCGGCCCUCAGGAAAUGCAAAACAAAAGACUGACGUUGUUGACAACACACGCAUUAAAUUCUAUUGAGCUGAAUCAUGCCUUUGUUGAUGGGACGGGUGAUCAGUGUGGGAAUCUGAGUGCAGCACAGGAGCUGCGAGAUCAGAAUGUCGUGCUGCAGCAGCAGAAUGCAGAGCUGAGGCAGAAGCUGCAGAGCGUACAGGAGAACAAUGAAGCUGUCCAGCAGGCCAUCAGGGACCGAGACGAAGCCAUAGCCAAGAAAAAUCUGAUGGAGGUCGAGCUGGUGAGAAGUAAAAAUGACAUGAUGUGCCUGAACAACCAGCUAUUAGAAGCUAUCCAACGGAAACUGGAGCUGUCACAGGAGCUGGAGGCCUGGCAGGACGACAUUCAGGUCAUCAUCAACCAGCAGCUCAGGUCACAGCAGCAGUCGGAGCUUCCUCAGAAGAAGUCACCAUCCAACGGCAUGUCCUUCUUCCGCAGGCCAAGCAGUGUGACCUCCACCUGGACACGACAGCCCUCCUCCUCCUCCUCCACCUGGAAUUCAGACUCUAAUCAGGAAAAAACCCAGUCCCCCUGGAGGGACUGGUUAAGACGGGGGAAAGGGGUGCAGUAUGGUAAAUAGUGGACAUUGAGUGAACCAAAGCUCCAGGAGGUAAAAAAGGAAGUCCAACUGCAGCUUUCUGUCCAUCAAAUAUGGUGAAAAGAAGCCAUAGAGACACUUUGAAUUCAGUACUGACGCACAGAGCCACUACGAACAAAGACUUAUCAAGAACCCUCUUACCUAAAAACAUUUCACUGAGGCUGAGCCUUCCUAUUACUGUGAUGACUCCAGCUAAUUUCACAGAAUUCUGUUCAAAACUUUGCUUUAGGUUGUAAAUAAUGUGCCUUAUUUUGUAAUAUUGUAAAUGUAUGUGUAUGUCUUUUUACAUAGCAUAAACAGCAGGUGUAAAGAGUAUGUGUUCAAAUUAUUUAACAUCACAAAUCAAAGUGAAAGAGAAAACUGAACAGACGUUUCAUGACUUAACUGUAAAACUCUAUUCAUGCUGAAUUUUGUCUCGACAUACCAAGUUGGAAAAAAAGAGAAGCCAGUUUACUAAACAAAGCCAAUCAUGUUAAAAUGUUGAUUGUAUACGAUACUGUGUAUGUCUUCACAUAAAUGAUAAAGUUUUUAUGUGUGUUUUAUUUUCUCUGAAUGAUAACUUGGUAUGGUAUGUGUUUGUUCUGUGACUCAAUGCUCAGUAUUAAAGCUGUUUAGAUCAAA